GGCGAUUAAAUAGAAAGUGACCCGACAAUCAACCCGCGCCACACCCGCCGCAGGACAGCUGUUGGGAUUUGAACUCUCGUGACGUCAUUGAUUAUGUCACUGCUGAGUACGACCUCUGAUAGAAGCACGACUACGCGACCACACUGUAUCUAUAUCUUCAGAACCACCCGCUUCUCAACAGGUCAGCAGAGAGAUGCAAGCAGGAGCUGCGAGCCGGCGGCGACUGACGGUUGCCUGUCUGCAAUUGAACACACACCAUGGAACAGACGUGCUCGCGAGCAUGACCCGCGCCGACGCGCUGUUGUCAGCCUUUAUGGCCAGCAAGAAAGGCAGGAGUUUAGCUGCUGCUACGACACCGGCGAUAGUGGUGCUUCCUGAGCUCGCAUUUACAGGCUACGCGUUUCCUUCUCCUGCUGCAAUUGCACCAUAUCUCGAACCAACCGCAGACGGACGCACGACGCGAUGGGCGCAGGACACAGCGCGCAGGAUCGGGUGCCAUGUCGUGGUCGGCUAUCCCGAGCGCGCAAACGAAAAGGUGUAUAAUUCAGCAGUCAUCGUGUCGCCGGCUGGAAUGGUGCUGCAUAAUUAUCGCAAGCACUUUCUUUACGAGGCGGAUGAAAAGUGGGGUGCCUCGCCUGGACCAGACGGGUUUCUGAGUUUUGAUCUCACAUUGUCUAAAACUCCAGCUGCAGCGACAGAUCCCCUAGAGUUCACGGUACGCGUGGCGGUAGGCAUCUGUAUGGAUCUCAAUCCAGAGAAAUUCGAGGCGCCGUUCCGCAAGUAUGAGUUUGCAAACUUUUGCGUCUCCGAAAAGGCAGAGUUGAUUCUUGCGCCGAUGGCAUGGCUGUCGUCAUCCAGCGGCGAGGAGAAGAAAGAUGAGAGUCCGCAGGUCGGACGGCGGCCUGAGUGGUCUACGCUGCAGUACUGGGCUACCAGGCUGACGCCAGUCUCAUUACAAUUCUCACAGCAACAACAACAACAGCAUGGGGAGGUAAAUACGUCUGUGGAAAACAAAGAGGAAAAGACAAAAAUUGCGUUCGUGGCAGCAAAUCGGUGCGGAGUCGAGGACAACAAGACAGUGUACGCCGGAUCGUCCUGUGCGUUGACGUUUGACGACUCGGGCAAGGUUCGGUUAGUUGACGCGCUCGCGCGGGAUGAGGAGGGAGUGAUUUCAUUCGACAUUGAAUUAGAUUGAAUACAUAUACAAGAAAGAAGAGACAAGAAAUA